ACGUUAGUUCGGCUGCUCCGCUCGCUCGAUCGGUGGUAAACGCAUUGCCGCUGAUAACCGCGUCCGUCCGAUGGCGACCCAAUGGCGACACAAGCCCGAACAACGGUCCGACCCAGUCGGCCGGCUAGCCUUAGUGCGGGCAGUCUAUCUAUACCGCUUCUCGUGCCGCAUCCUCGGUGGUGCUGCCGCGAUCGAUCGUUCGCUGCGGGGGGGAGGGAGUGAAUUGGACGCGAUCACCCCGCGACCGUGUGGCGGCGCGUAUCGUUUCGCGCCCGGCGCGGCACUAAUCGAUUGAGCGCUCACGAGCGCACGAGAACGGACCGGUGUGGUGGUGGUGCUCAGGGAAACCGCGCAGCAGUAGCAGUACAUCGGCCGUACCUACAUCAACCAUCGUCGCGGUGUGGCUUCAGCUGUUGUACCACUGGCAGGUGGUUGCGAUCGUGAAUACGUGAAUUCACUCACAAAAAUAGUGAAAAAUCAACCACCACAGUUGCUCACUUCCGGAUGCGUUCGCUCGUUCGUGGAAGAUUUGAUACGAUCGGUGUUUGUGUGAUGUGUGUUUGUCUGUUUGUGGUACAAUUUUUUUGAUGUUGGUUUGCUUACUUGUGUGUUAGUGCAGGCACGGUAGAGGUCUCUUCCCACAUCGGUCCCUAUCAGUCCGCCCGCCCUGCAAACGCAUUAGAGUGCGCGAUCAGUUGCUAAUCAUCGUACAGCCGAAGGAUCUAUCUCAUCCGUAUACAACCCCUCCCCCCUUUCCCUCUCUCCCUGUACAUCUGAUGCAUGCAUGUGGCGGUGGCGACGGUGGCAGCACGCCCCAUGGACAGAGUAGACCUGGACUAUGAGUUGUUUGGCACGCGCUCAGUGAGUGUUUCGGCCGCGGUCGCACAUCACAACAACAGUGACCGACUGGAGGGUGGUGUUGGUGGUGGUGGUGGUGUGUAGCAUUAUUUAUUGGUGGCAGAUCAAAACCAUGUCCGGGUCCGCGGGGAGGGGACAAUCGAGCAUAUAUUGCUUGCCGAAGCCUCGGUACAGUUGUGUGCCCGUGUGAACUGCGACAUUGACUCUGCGGGUUCGGGGUGUGAGUGUGUGAGUUUGUGUCGUGUUGGGGCUAGGAUUGUGAAGGUGCUGUUUUGGAGCACUCACGAGUGUGUCUCUACAAGCAGUCGGCAGGAGUUAUCUGGCCGACGAAUCUCUCCGAACUCCGAGGGCACUUCACAAAAGUGAAGGAACGUUAGUGGCACAUGGUUGGGGCAGGGCAGCGAUCCGUGAGCACGGGAAGAAUCUCGUAAUAGACUGUGAAUUACUCUUAGCGCGUUCAGUUCAUCAUUCUAAGGAAAGAAUGCCAUACAAAUGUGUCCGCCUGGUGGUUAACGAAACACGUGAACUAGUGAUAGCAGGUUCGAUCGUGCUAGAUGGAUUAGCUUAGCACCGAGCAACCCUUCGUAACAGUUAGCCGCAAGCCGCAGGUCCGGAGCUGCCAGCCAGCCAGCCAGAACAAUGCCCAACACAAUGGCCGCCCACAUCAACCAGCGCAUCGAGGACCAUCGGAAUUUGGCCGACUGGUCGUACUAUGCGAACGAAACGGCCGGCGAAGAGUACUACGAGAUGCCGAUCGAUAUGCGCUUCAACUCCGGCCACAUCCUCUCGAUCAUGGUGUACACUACACUGAUGGUGUUUUCGGCCACGGGCAACCUUACGGUGCUCAGCAUACUGGCCCAGCGGAAGGUGCGCGCCUCGUCGCGGAUCAAUAUCAUGUUGGCGCAUCUAGCGAUUGCAGAUCUGCUGGUCACCUUUCUGAUGAUGCCACUGGAGAUUGGAUGGGCGUACACGGUUAGAUGGACGGCCGGUGACUUGAUGUGUCGCGUGAUGGCGUUCUUCCGCACCUUCGGGCUGUAUCUGUCCAGCUUCAUUCUGAUCUGCAUAUCGGUGGACAGAUACUUUGCUGUGCUGAAACCGCUCAAGGUGCACGAACAUCGGGCCGUGCUGAUGAUAGCAGCAGCCUGGAUAAUGUCCGGACUGUGCAGUUUACCUCAGGCGUUUAUCUUUCACCUGGAAGGACAUCCAAACAUUACGGGAUACCAGCAGUGCGUAACGUACCACUACUUUGAGGAGGAGAUCUACCAGAUCAUCUACAACGUGCUGGUAAUGUGCCUGAUGUACACCUUCCCGCUGAUUGUGAUCCUCUACUGCUACGGGUCUAUCUACUACGAAAUAUUUAGUCGUACCAAUCCACGCAAUUUAGGUAAAAGGGAACUCCUUCCUUAUCGACGCUCCAACCACGCGCAAUAUUUUCACCUUAUGCCUUGUUUUGCAGAGAGCUUUCGCCGCUCGUCGAUCGAUGUGCUUGGGCGAGCCAAGCGAAAGACGCUACGGAUGACCAUAAUGAUCGUGAUCGUGUUCGUCGUCUGCUGGACGCCCUACUACGUCAUGUCACUAUGGUACUGGCUCGACAAGGAGUCGGCCAAAAAUGUGGACCAGCGAAUACAGAAGGGACUGUUUCUGUUCGCCAGCACGAACAGCUGCAUGAACCCGGUGGUGUACGGUGUCUUUAACGUGCGCAAGAAACACACUAAAAAACUGCUAAAGACGACACACGAGAAAAGCUGCGGCAGUCAUCUGACGAUGAGGGCGUAGGAGCGUUAGUAACAUGGAGUGAAGUGUGUUCCGUGUUGUUGGUGAGGGAGAGAUUUUAGGAUGUUUGCUCCAUUUUAUAGCAUAAGAUAGCGUUACAACUUACAAUUACACUACUCACGGUCUGAAAUACUCUGUAUGUAGCGGCUAUGUACGCAAUAAACCCACGAUUCGGUGGACGUAUCCAUGAAAUGGAAGGAUCAUAA